AUGCGAAUAAAAGAAGCGAUUCUUCGCAAGAAAAUCAUUCAACAAUUGAAUGAGGAAUGGAAAGAUUAUGAGGAUGAGAUUGCUGCUUUGCUUCGACAAGAGACGAACGCGAAUCAUCCAAAUGAGCUACUGAAUCUAUUGCGAGUGGCGAAAUCAAUGCAAUUAAAGCAGCAAAAAAUCUCGACCGCUAGUUUCUCACCGCGUACUCCACGAACGCCACACUCUCCAACGAAAUCCUCAUCGAAAUUCCCAUUCUCUCCAGAGCUCUCCACACUAAAAGAGUCAAAGCGUUGGCAAAGGAGACGGCGAAGGGUUUUCGACGAAAGAGAAAAUGAUCCCCUUGACGAGCAAUCGGGGUUGGGCGAUGAGCACAAGAAAUCGUUGACGAGAAAGGAGAGCCAAGAUGGACCGAAACAGCAUCCAUUGCAAGCAUUUGUCGAUGAACUACAAACGAAAUUGACCGUUUUACAAAAAAGAGCACUUAAAGUCACUUGGAAGCGAUUAUCGGAGGCGCCAAAAACCUCAGGAAGAGGCACCAUUCACAUCAUGGAAAAGAUUUUUGAAAAAAUGGUCGAACUUGAGCCAAAAGUACCAUCAUUGUUUUAUAAAUCGGCAUUCAUUUCUUGUUGUCAUGAUCGAAAGGAUGGUAGAGCCGUUGGUGACACGAUAUCAACAACGCGAGACCAUGCACAUAUUCUUGUUCAAUACAUCGACACAAUGCUUCAGUUGAUGUUUGAGGGGAAAGCUGAUCGACAAAUGCCGUCACCGGAAGAGAUCGGCGCAUAUCAUGUUCGCUUGUACCCACUCGGACUGCAGCGGCACAUGUGGCAAGUGAUGGGCGAAAGUAUGGCUGAGGUGAUGUUCGUUCAAGAGUGUGUUCGAGCGUAUCCACACGCCGCCUCAGCAUGGUCAUUGCUCUCCGUGGCGUUCACCGAUAAAAUCUAUGGUGCCUGCAAGCCGCCAAAGGAUCCAUCGGAGAUUUCAAUCACUUGUAAACCAAUAAUCGAGCGUGAGGAUUCGCCAUCAUCGGAUUCGGGAUGUCCUUACAGUAACAAAUCCUCGAUGAGAGACGAUCACUCAGGCAGUGAGGGAACCAGCGGGGUUGAAAGCGUAUCUCCUCACAAAGAGCCACCAAAUUCGAUUGGGAAUCGAUUUGGAAAAUUGCGGCCACCAGGGCUUCUCCAUCCGAUGAAUCUCUCACAGGAGGCUAUUUACGAGCCACCAAUCGAUUACACG